UAGAAAACAUGUAAAAUUAAUUUGAAACUCAACUACGACUCAGUGUUUGGUGAGCACAGUGACAGUGUUAGAAUCAGAGCAAUCCAAUCUUCUAGAAUUUCGUUUGCGUAAAUAUCACAAAAUACAAAGAGAAAAAUUGAAGAAAAAAAUGAACGACGAUGACAAGGGUUUGCUGUGGAAGCUUCCGGUGGUGAGGUCCAGCAGUUUCGGCAAAAUGGGCCCCGGAUUCGGCGUUGGUGCAGGCUGUGGCGUCGGAUUCGGCGCUGGUCUUCUUGGAGGAGUUGGUUUUGGUCCUGGAAUUCCUGGCAUGCAAGUUGGUUUUGGAUUUGGAGCUGGAUGUGGUGUUGGUUUAGGAUUUGGUUAUGGCAUUGGGAAGGGAAUUGCACAAGAUGAGUAUAGAAGGUACUCUAAUGUUGGAAAUCCUUUUCGUAGUUCCGGAAAUCCUUUUCAUGGUGCUAGAAGCGUUAUUUCUGAAGAUGAUAUUACUGCACUUGUGGAUGACAUUGUCAUAAACACCAAAAAGCUUAUCAAGGCAACAUCAAGAGAAAUUGACAAGUGGAGAAGAUCAUGAAAUAAUCCAUUUUUUAAUGUAAAUUGUAUUUAACUUAUAUCUUUACCGGUAAUUUAGACUAAAUUACGAUAAAUUUUUGGCGUGUCAACAUAGUUGGGAUUCCUCUAUCGUUUUGCAACGCUUUUGCACUCUGCAUUUGUGUUGAUAAAAAAACAUGUCAAAGAAUUGGAGUAGCACUACAUGGUGAGAUAGUAUAUUUAUAUAUA